AUGUCAGAAGCACUUCUGUGGGCUGUCACAAAAACAAUUCUAGGAAAGAUUGCUUCUUUUGCAGGUGAUCUUACCUGCAGUUAUACUACUGAAGGGAUUUUAGCAGCACAACAUGUUCGAAACGAUCUGAAGAAGAUCGAGAACAAGGUGAUUGCUAUUCGUGCAGUCCUGCAUGAUGCAGAGAAAAAGCAGUAUGACAGUGAAGCCAUCAAAAUCUGGUUGAAAGAUCUUAAAACUAUUGUUUAUGAUAUUGAUGAUCUCUUGGAUGAAGUUGGGACUGAUUUAUUGCGGCGGAGAGUGAACAAGGGUCAUGCUCUUCAGCAAGUCAGGUACUAUCUUUCGUCUUCAAAUCCUGUUUUGAGUCAUUUUUAUUGGAGUCAAAAGAUUAGGGACCUUUUACAAUGUUUUGAUGACAUAGCUGCUAAUAGAAGGGAUCUUGGGUUGGAUGAUCAUUAUCUUGUCGAAACACACGGUAUUGAGAGGAAUCCCUUAGAUGCAUUUGCUUAUGUGAAGAAAACAGAAAUCAUUGGUAGGGAUGAAGCUAAAAGUGAAAUUUUUAGACGUUUAGCGAGUAGUUGUGUAGGAGAUGCUAGUAGGCUGUUUGUGCUUCCCAUAGUUGGAUUGGGAGGGAUUGGGAAAACAGCGUUGGCUAAGCUUGUUUUCAAUGAUGAGUGGGUGACUAAGAACUUUGAUGUUAAGUUGUGGGCUUGUGUCUCUGAAAAUUUUGAUCUGCAAAAGACAAUAGAAGAAAUUUUGAGUUCUGUUAGUAAUGAAAACACAGCAAACCUCAGCAUAAGACAGUUACAUGAAAGGCUUUCUGAGAUAUUAGAUAGUCGAAAAUAUUUUCUUGUGCUUGAUGAUGUGUGGAUUGAGGACAUCAAAGUAUGGCGAGACUUGGAAAAUUUGUUAGCCAUAGGUGAAAAAGGGAGUGUGAUUUUGGUCACUACGCGAAGUGAAAUGGUAGCAUCGGUAGUUGGAAAUGUUGAGCCAUAUUGUUUAGAUAGUCUUUCUAAUGAUGUAUGUUGGUCCAUAUUCAAGCAUUUGGCAUUUAAGAGUGGUGAAGAGGAAAGAUAUCCUAAUCUUUCUAGAAUUGGGAAGAACAUUGCUGUCAAGUGUGGCGGGGUUCCUCUAGCUGUCAAGGUACUUGCGAGCCUGUUACGCAGUGAGAGAGAUGAGAAAGAAUGGAGGCGGAUUGUUGAAACAAAUAACCUUGUGAACCUACAUCCACAACAUAAUGACAUCAAACAAGCUCUGAAAAUGAGCUAUAACAAACUCCCAUAUCAUUUGAAAGCGUGUUUUGCUUAUUGUUCAUUGUUUGUGAAGGAUAAGAAGCUUAAUCCACCGAUAGUAUCAUGUUUGUGGAGUGCACUUGGCCUUCUGCAAGGGGGAUCCAACAACGAAGAGUUGGAAUCAGUCGGAUACAAGUACUGUGAAGAACUACUGUCAAGAUCUCUUCUUCAGGAUGCAUUUAUUGUGUUUACUGAAACUGUAAGUGAAUUUAGAAUGCAUGAUCUAUUCCAUGAUUUGGCAACUGAUAUUGUUGGCCAAGAGAUAGCUGUUGUAACUAGCAAUCAGCUUAACGUUUCAGAGAUAUGCAGACAUAUUGUAUGGGGAUAUGAUGGAGGUGAAGUUUUGUCAGACAAGGGUGUUCCGAAAGAGCUACUCAGAGCAAAGAAGGCUCGAACAUUCAGAUUUGGCUAUGCAAUGGGUUAUGUUAGCAGGUCAUUUAUUGAAGGUAUUAUACACAACUUUAGAUGCUUGCGUGUAUUAGAUUUUCAUCAGAGUAGUUUUGAGGAGUUGCCGAGGUCAAUUGGGAACUUGAAGCAUCUCAGUUAUCUUGACCUGUCAUACAACCCUAUCAUCAAAUUUCUUCCAAGUUCAAUAUGCAAGUUAUUGAAUCUACAGUCUUUGUUUCUGCCUGGUUGUGAGAUGUUACAAGAGCUACCUAGGAAUAUCGAUCAGUUGGUAAGCCUAAGGUACUUCUCUGUGACUACAAACCAAGAGAGCUUAACUAGCACCAAAUUAUGUGGGUUAAGUACUUUGGGGAGACUAGAAUUAUAUUCAUGUGAAGAGUUAACAUCACUAUGGAAUGGAUCGUCUAUUCAAUUCCAUACAUCCCUGCUAGAACUUCACAUUGUAAACUGUCCUAGAUUGACUUGUCUUCCGGAUAGCAUGAAACACCUUGUCUCCCUCGAGACAUUAGUCAUCCGUGAUUGUCAAGAGAUCGAUUUGGAGAAAGGAAGCAACCUAUGUGGGCUCCAAAGCCUUCGAACCUUGGAAAUUACCGGGGUUACAAAGCUAAAACAUUUGCCUGAUGGAAUCCAAUCUGCUGCAAAUUCUUUACAAUAUCUCUGGAUUGAUAGCUGUAUAAGUUUAGCAAUGCUUCCAAAUUGGUUGCAGAUUUUCACUUCCCUCAGGAGGAUUCUCAUUUACAGUUGCUUAAAUUUAAUAGCUAUACCCGAGGGAUUUGGUCAGCUCAAUUGUCUGCAGAAGCUUCUGAUUAAGGACUGCCCCCAUCUCAGUAAAAGAUGUGCAAAAUAUACAGGCGAAGAUUACUCUCAUAUUUCACAUGUGCCUGAAGUUUACCUUGAUGAAAUCCACAUCAAUGGAAUUGAUUCCGUGUGA